AUUUGGGAAAUAGGGAACUCUGGUCCACCCUCUGGGUGGCGGUAAUGCUCCACGCUGGUUGCCACCCGCCAUUUAAACAAAACGAAGAAGAAGACGUUUGUAGUACAGCAAAAUAGUAGCGAGUGAGACCUCUCAAACUUGUCUCUGCUGAGGGGCAGCUAUCCCAAGGUCAGAGCGUGUCGUCUUUUGGUAAGCAAGACCAUGUUGGCCGUCAGAAACGCUCUCCGCCUCGGCUCCAGGUUGUCCUUCCCCGCGGUGGCUAGGAGAGGAUGCGCCGGAGCUUCCAUCCCGGUGGACGAUGUGGUGAACGGACUCACAGACGACCAGAUACAGCUCAGGCAGACAAUUCGUAAAUUCUGUGCAGAAAAGCUUGCACCUCAAGCUGACGAGAUCGACAAGACAAAUGAAUUUCCAGGAAUGCGGGAUUAUUGGAAAGACAUGGGGGAGAUGGGACUCCUUGGAAUCACUGCUCCAGUGGAGUAUGGGGGCACAGGAUUGGGCUACCUCGAUCAUGUCAUUGUGAUGGAGGAAAUGUCACGAGUGUCAGCAGCCAUUGGUCUCAGUUAUGGUGCCCACUCUAACCUCUGUGUCAACCAGAUGGUACGCCACGGCAACAAGAAACAGAAGGAAAAGUACUUGCCAAAGUUAUUGACCGGAGAGCAUGUAGGAGCCCUGGCCAUGAGUGAGCCCAACGCCGGCUCUGAUGUUGUAGCUAUGAAACUCAAAGCUAAGAAGCAAGGCGACUACUAUGUUCUGAAUGGCGGCAAGUUCUGGAUCACAAAUGGGCCAGAUGCCGAUGUCCUUAUUGUUUAUGCAAAGACAGAUCCCGAGGCCCAUCAAAGAGGCAUCACAGCUUUCGUUGUUGAAAAGGGAAUGCCUGGAUUCUCCACGGCGCAGAAGCUAGACAAACUGGGCAUGAGGGGCUCCAGUACCUGCGAGCUUAUCUUUGAAGACUGUAAAAUACCAGAGGAGAACGUACUUGGUCCGUUGAACAAAGGUGUUUAUGUGAUGAUGAGCGGCUUAGAUCUGGAGAGGCUGGUGCUUUCAUCAGGCCCUAUUGGCAUCAUGCAGGCUGUCUUGGACUACGCUGUUCCCUACCUGCACGUCAGAGAAGCUUUCGGACAAAAGAUUGGACACUUUCAGCUAAUGCAAGGCAAGAUGGCUGACAUGUACACCAGGCUGAGCUCCUGUCGGCAGUAUGUGUACAACGUCGCCCGGGCUUGUGACAAAGGACACUGCAGUGCGAUGGACUGUGCUGGAGUGAUCCUGUAUGCUGCGGAGAAUGCCACUCAGGUUGCUUUGGAUGGCAUUCAGUGUUUGGGUGGGAAUGGCUACAUCAACGACUACCCCAUGGGGCGAUUCUUGCGUGAUGCAAAGCUGUAUGAAAUCGGCGCAGGCACAAGUGAAAUUCGCCGGCUCAUUAUUGGACGAGCCUUCAACGCCCUGUACAAAUAAUCCAAACUGAGAAAUGGCAAUCGCUAAAGACAAAGUACAAAGUGGUUUGCUGUGGAUGAACACAAUUACUCACACCCAGGGCCUUACAAUUUCAAUAAUUGUUGAUGCUGUUAGGAUGUUGGAUUACCACACGUUUCAGAAUCAUUGUCAUACUGUAUUUAAAUUCAUUUACAAAGCAUAAUAUGGGCUAAUUCAUGAUUUCAAUGCCAAGUGAUUACUGUUUCUGAUCAAUAAGGGGGGAAAAAAACAGCUAAUGUCAGAGUAUUCUGUUGUAGAGAAUUAGCAUUAGAAAACUGUCCACUGUCUGCACAGUCUGACUGGAGAAACCCUCCUAAAGAUCUUCUCCAAAUGACAAAUUGUAGAUGUACAGUAUGAAAAAAAUAACAUAGUUUUGUUUUUCAUGAAUAAAAUAAAUGUUUUAUCUAUUUCUGGA